UAUAUGGGUGGGGAGGGGAGAGAUGUUGAGCAGAGCAGCCUAAAGCAUCCUUAUUCACCUACUGUAGUGCCUGCUCUGCCUCUCCUAGGAUAGAAAUUAACCUAUUCCUGUCUCACUGCAGACAACACCCAGUUAACCCACAUCCCUGCCUCUUCUUCAGCAUCCAGUCAGCAGAGCACACACACACACAGGGCUGUGAAGAGAAGACCAGCUUGCAGAAAGGGAUUUGGUUGCUCUUUUCCCUGGUCCUGUCUCCCGGUCCUUCCCCGAGCAUCAUGUCUGCAGGGGGAGAUUUUGGAAACCCACUGAGGAAAUUCAAGCUUGUAUUUCUUGGAGAACAGAGCGUUGGGAAGACAUCUCUCAUCACAAGGUUUAUGUAUGACAGUUUUGACAACACGUAUCAGGCUACAAUUGGAAUAGACUUUUUGUCAAAGACAAUGUAUUUAGAGGACCGGACGGUCAGACUGCAGCUCUGGGACACCGCUGGUCAAGAGAGGUUCCGCAGCCUCAUCCCAAGUUAUAUUCGAGACUCUACUGUGGCUGUGGUAGUUUACGACAUCACAAAUCUGAACUCCUUUCACCAAACGUCCAAAUGGAUUGAUGAUGUCAGAACAGAACGAGGAAGUGAUGUCAUUAUAAUGCUUGUUGGAAACAAGACGGAUCUAGCAGACAAAAGGCAGAUCACCAUCGAGGAAGGAGAGCAGCGGGCCAAAGAGCUAAGCGUCAUGUUUAUUGAAACAAGUGCCAAAACCGGAUACAAUGUUAAACAGCUAUUUCGUCGAGUAGCCUCUGCCCUGCCUGGCAUGGAGUGCACAGAAGAGAAAAGCAAAGAUGGCAUGAUUGACAUAAAACUUGACAAAGCCCAAGAGCCGCAGGUUAGCGAUGCCGGGUGUUCUUGCUAAUAUGCAGCGCAUGACAGGUGAGCUGCCAGAGGCUGUGUGCUUAGCAAUGAGAUGCUUCCUAUUGGUUAGCCUGGGAAAACAAAACAUUCGGAAACAACCUCUAGAGAAUGUCAAGAUUCACCACUGUUCCUGACCUCUCCCACCUCCCCGGAGACCUCGUUUGCUUUCUGUCUCUCUCUUUCCUUGUGUUGGUCUUGGGGUUCCUGCCCUCUCUUCUACCAGAGUCGUCUGACAACUGUUAAUCUUUGCACUUUUAUUCCAGUGUCUCCUCUCUCUGCCCCUUCUGUGCUCACAUCCCCCGCUCCUUAGAAAUGCACCUUGAGAUAAGCAGAUUAUUUGCCUACCAUCUACAGGAUUCACUCACUUAUUAGCAAACGUCUAGAUGUAGAAACAUAGAACGGUUCACUGAGUAAUUUAGUCUACGCCAAAUGGUAAAAGCCAAGACUAUCCAAAAAGUGUGUCAGUUGGUUUAUUUAAUUGAUUUAAAUUCACAUUUCACUGAUGUUCUCACCAAGCUUAUCAGAUCACAUUUGUACCUCUUUACUACCCUUCUCAUCCCAAAACAUACCCCCCCCCCCUUACACCUCAGAAGCGAAAGGACAUCAUGACUCCAAAUGCUGUUACUUACAUGACAUUUUAUUUUUAUUUUCACUUUUUUGUUGUAAUAUAUAUAAUUGUACUUUAUUAAAAUUGCCAAAAACUUA